AUGUCGAGCGCGCAGCUAGCGGCAGCGGUGGAGCCGUCGGAUUACUCGUUCGACGAGGGUAACAUGCUCGUCAACGACUCGCGCCUCGUUUCGCUGCCCUUCGUCGGCCCGCACCUCGAGCAGGCGGAGCAGCAGGUGCUGGAGAUGGCGCAGCAGGCGGUGCAGGCGCUGGCGGCGCGCCUGUUCGCGCUGCCCGCCACGCCGCACAAGAUGGGGCGCCUCGUGGACCUGCCGCCGCCCACCACUCCGCUGCCCCGAGAAAAGCCGCCCCCGCGUGCCCAGGGGCUCACCAAGUGGGAGCGAUUCGCGCGGGAGAAAGGCAUACAGAAGCGGAAGAGGAGCAAGUUUGUGUAUGAGGAGGCAUCGGGAGAGUGGAAGCCACGGUACGGGUACAAGCGCGCCAAUGACAUCAAGGACAUCCCCAUCCUCGAAGCCAAGGCCUCCGAUGUGCCAGGAGAGGACCCCUUUGCGAAGCUCAAGGUGGACAAGAAGGCGCGCGUCAAGCUCAACGAGCGCCAGCGCCUGGGCAACCUCAAGGCGUCCGCCAAGCAGCUGCGCCCAGACGCGCUCAGUCACCUGGCGGUGUCAUCAGCGGCGCUACCGCUAUCAGGCAGGGGCCCAGCAGCACCAAAGGCUUCCAAGGCGGCGGUGGGGGAGGUGGCGUCGCUGGCAGCGGGCAGCACGGCCAGUGGGGGCAAGUUUGACCGGCGCCUCGAGGGGGAGAAGCGCGCCAAGAAAGUCGGCAAGCACAGAAAGUUCCUGCCAGUGGCGGCGCGGGGAGCGGAGGGGGAGAGGGAGGGCAAGAUGAUAUCGUGGGUGGUGGACAGGGUGGUGAGCCGGCACGCCACAGAUGUCAUCGAUGUCAACAAG